UUCCAUAUCCGCCUGGUGUUUUCACAGGACCAAAAUAAGUGACAGACUCAGACUAAAUGUUUAAUAACAUGUUUAUUUCUCUCUCUGCCGAGUGACGCCACGCCACGCGUGACUCGCCCUUUGUCACAGACUCCACCUCUUCCGCGUGAACGAGCCUUAAGCCGAAUUAGAAAAUCCUGGGUUAACAAAGCUUGUCCAAAUACCGCGCGCUAACAGCGUCCGUCCGUUAUCGGAUCCGUCUCCUAGGCAACCGCCACAAAACGCAACGCAUCCCGGAUCUCCUCGGCGCUCCGCUUCGGCUCCGUUCCGGUUCGUUUCCCUGCAGAGGAUUAACGUUUUGAUUACUAAAUCUAGCAUUGAAACAUCUCGGAUCAGUGCGCGCACCCGCGCUCCGACGGACAGGGUAGAGUAGUCGAUCACCGAGACCCGGAUCAAAAAUGAUGUUGAUGAUGAUGAGCUCAGACAGAGAUCUCCAGAUGAUGAAGAAACAGGAGAGGGCUCAUUUCUUCAGCGCCAAAGAGCAGGACCUGAUUCUGAAGUUAUAUGAAGAAGAGCGAGAGAUCCUGACGGCCAAGUCCAACACAACCAGUGCCUCUAAGCUGAGGGAGGAAGCCUGGCAGAGGAUCGCUGAUAAAAUAAACGCGGCCUCAGACAGCGGCUACAAAAGAACAUGGCAGCAAGUGAAAGUCAAACACAAGAACAUCAUCCAGACAGCAAAAAGGAAAAGAGCGGAGGUGCUGAGGACUGAGGGGGGGUCCGGGAGCCCCUCUCUGACCUCAGCAGAGGAGGAUGCAGCGUGCAGCAAAGAAAGCGCUCUGAGGAUGGAGGUCCUGCCUGGAGGCUCCUGCGUCGGCAACUCGGCCGCCUCUGACAGCUCCUUCAUGAGCGUGUCCGGCCACCCGGUGCUCCUCCUGCCCGUCACUAAGACGGAACCAGAGAGCCUCAGCGGAGACGAGACGGACGUCAGCGAGGCUCACGUUGAUGAGGACGUGCAGAACAGCAGUUUUCAGGAGGGCGGCGUCUCAGCAGAGCCCACAAGAGGGCCUAGAUGUUCUAAGCAGACGGAUGAAAUAAGAGCUCUUUACUGUCGCUACCUCAAAAAGGAGAUGGAGAACCGGGACCAGGAGAUGGCCUACAGAGCGCUGAAAAUGAAGAAGCUGGAGAAGGAAAUUCUGUUACUUGAUAAACAGCUGAUGUGACUGUAAAAAAAAACAAAAAAAAACAGUACUAGGAUAGAUUUAUUAUAUUAUUAUAUCUCAGAAACAAGGACAGUAU